UCGCGUCGCGUGGAUUUUCGUUAUUCCGCUGUUCGCGCGACGCAGCGUCCUCCGUUUCGCUUCGUUCAACGGCGGCCCGGUGGUGUUCCUUUCCCGCGAUUCGUCUCCCAUGCGCGACAGUUCCGGCACGUUCCGAGCGGAAAUGAGACCGACCGAGAGUGUCAUGCCGGAGGGCACUUCGUAUGAGACUCUUCAACGUGCGCCGAGCUUGUGUGAAUAGUGAUCCGUGCGCGUGUCGGAAUUUCGCGGGAACGUUCCUCGUCGAAGAGGCGCCCGUGGUUCCAUGGCGACAAUCAACAAGUGCGGCCGCUAACAGUUGAGUCCACGUGACACGUCGUAGAUACACAACGCCGCAGCCCGCGCACGACCGUCGGCGUCUGGCUUUACGUAUACAAAAAGAGCGUGUUACGAGGAACAUAGAGAAAUAUCGCGGAGAUUUCGUGCGGAAAAUGCACGAAAAUAUCCAAAUCCGAGUGACGCGGCCUAAACUGAAAUGCAACCAACUUCUCGAUUCAAACUGAACUGUCCGCAGUGAUCACGCAGUGCUGCAAACUUCAUGCCUCUGGUGCAUACCGAACGGUGUUCCGACCGUUCGUACGACACGUUCGUUCGAGGGAAACGACGAAGUCGAGGCUGAAGAGACGUGACGUAUCGCGUUGACUCGUCCGGGCAAAAUCGUCAUCGCGUCCUGUCGCUCGCGAAUUUCGCGGAAGUGAAGCCGCAGGGCGUUUCGCGGAAAAGUGAAGCGCCGGAAACGCAACCCGGUUCGUGAGGAAGCGUGACCACGGUGAUAUAAUCGCGGGAUCGUGAAAGAAACGUGGUUUCUUGUGUUCGCCGCGUCGCGCGACGUUUGUACAAGUGAAUUUUAAACUGUGCCUUGAACACGUGGAUGUGUGUGCAUGCCGCCGUUCCGACGCCCCGGCGCAAUCCUCAACAGUCUUCAACGUCCGCUGCGGCUCCUCGGGUGCACGAGAAAAUGCGUGUAAGAUCAUCGAGGUGACCGUGAGAGUAUGGAGACUACACGAGAAGAUGAUAGUCGUCUGCAAAAUGGUUCGAUCGUUGCGAAGAUGCCAAAUCGCUUGAAGCUCGUGCAGAAUAACGAAAAUGACAAGGUGACGAGCGAAAAGACAACGGGGAUGGAUCCGUACAGGGAAUUAGAGCUCUAUCUCGCCAAGGUUAAGGAGGAAAUCGGUGAGAUAAUCGAGUCAGCUCCAACGAUUACACUCCGCAUCGUAGAAGAGCCAAAGCAUCCGACUCAGCCGGAUUCAGAGAAAUUGUCGAACUACGCGAAUGAGUCGUUCAUUCCGAAAUCCUUGCCCGCUACGAAAUCGCAUGGCUUGGCAAGGAGACAGAAUUCAUUGACGAGAGGCGGCGAGGAUAUCGGCGAGUGGUCGAACAACAUCCUCGCGGAGUUCAAUAGCAUCAUCGCCAACGAGAUCAACGAGCUUACCAAAGAGAAGACGAGGGAAGUCGCGCGCAGCAACGAUGACGUCAGGGUGGUACAAUACAAAGAGUUGCUGAACGAAUUUGGAAUAACCGACAGUGAGUGCUCCGAUCAAGAAUUCAACGGCGAGCAUGUUCCUCUUCGAGAUGAGAGGGGUCUUCGAGAUCGCAGGAACGGUAAACUUUUCGUCGACGAUGAUCGCCGUUAUCUGUUGAACUCCGAUUACGACGAGCCUCACGAUCGAGUGAGUCCUGAAGGAGGGAAGAGCGGCAGCCUACCGGAGAACCUGGAUAUCAUCGUGGACGAUCGUGGCCGACCAAGAUUAUCCACGUUCCAUGCGGAUCCUCUGAGCUCCGACUACGACGAACCCAGUAAUUGUUUGCCGAUGAGCUCGAUCAGAAACCAGAUCGAUCGGAUCACCUCUAGUCUACCGUCGAAAUUAGAGCGCGAGUGCGUCCCGAAGGACACACGCGUGAACCCUUGCCGUGCACCAAAGACAACCGUAGGAUUAAGUUUGAGGACCAAUGAAGACGCCGACGUGGACGCGCUCCAAGCCAGAUCUUUAAGGAACGUCGAGGAGGACUCCGAAGAGGCGAACGCGAAAUUACCGCCACGCCAACGAUCCGAGAGGAAAACAAGCCUUCCCAUUAAUCUAACAAGCCAAAAGCGUAGAAAGGCGAUGCGGCUGCAGAGGCUUCGACGAGGUCCGGAUGAUCGGGAGACGAUGGAUCCCGAUUACGACGAUAUAUUCCCGAACGAGGAGACUGGCAGAUCUAGGUCGUUGGACAAUCACGUGCCAAAAUCGGCGCCCGUGACGCCCACGGAGGAGAAGAAGUCACCCUUCUCGAAAUUAUUGAGGAAACGACACACACCGGUGUUCCACGAGAGCUCCGACGAUGUAAUCCUGGUUAGCGUGUCCUCGCUUCCGGAUCAAGAUAUGCUGCGCCUGAGAAACGACAGGCACCACGAGACGAAGAAGGGGAACUCGAAGGAAACGUUGACUCUCAAAAAGAGAGCGAUAUCGCCGCUGACUCUGCGUUCCGACAUCACUGCGAAAAGAUUGUCAGAAUCGGACAGAGAUAUCAGGCAGGUCAGUCCGGUGGACUUGAAGAAGUUCUCGUUGAGAACGUGGGGCAACGACAUCGCGGUGAAUUGCGACUUAUCCGAGAACGAUGACGUCAAUGGAAAUUGCGGGAUUGAAAACGGAACCCUCAGCAAGCUGGAACAUGCCGAUGUGAAGAGGAUUAUGGAGGAGCAAAACGCGAGAACGGGAUCUCUGCCUAUUUCCCUGCAGUCUUUGUUGUCGAGAAUACGAAAUGGUUCGGGUUCUUGUUGCCCAAACAGCCCACCAAUGGAUGCUCUCACUUGUUCCGAUAUGGCAACUCAAACAUCGCCGGCGAUUUCAAGAAGCUCUAGCUUCACCUGGGUCAGCGAUUGCGACUCUCCCCAAGCCGAGUCCCAAUUAGAUUCGCAAUCGUUACAAGACGAGAGCACGUUAGACCCAGUUUCUCCCCAAGAUACCGUGGACGAUGACAAUAGAUCUUCGUCAUCAUCUCAGGAUCUCUUGCAGAGCAUGGAUGAAAUUUCUUCCGGAAGUCUAUCACCGGAUACCACUGAUAGAGCCUCUCCGCUUGAAAGCGGGAUCGGAACGGCAAGUCCACCCAGGAGCACGGAUCGUCGAUUGACUAAACCAUCAACGCCGAGCAAAUGUCACCGUAAAGAGACGUGGGAACGAAUUCGACGACGGCCGUCGAAAUUGAAUUCGAGAAGCGACAAAAACUCGCAAGAUGUGUGGGUCAAGCGCGAAAGUGUGCACACUCAAACGAAACAGAUCGACGAUCAGUACUCGCAGGACGCGGUCGAUAGCAGUAGCGGUCUCGAUGACUCGUUGCCAAGGAUCAGGACGCCUAGGCCUACGAAUUUACCGUUAUGUCUGUCCACCACUGCCAGUAGUUCUUUGAGCUCGGGCGAGCUGCUCGAAACGCCGCCUCGAGCGCCGUCCUCUCCGUCCGCGGCGAGUCUUCAGCUAAAGCCGGAACCUUUGACAGUGGAAAUGGGCGGGAAGAGCAGCAGUGCGCCGUUAUUGGAGAACAAUGACGCCAAAAACGCCAACGGGAAGGUGCCGAGCUUGCAGCAGCAGCCGCGCUCGCAGUCGGAACGACAGCUAUCAGAAAUCGAGGCGCAGGAAGCUUGCAAAUGGCUGAGAGCUGCGGGAUUUCCACAAUACGCGCAGAUGUACGAAGACUAUCAAUUCCCAAUUGACGUUUCCGGCGUAGCCAAGGACCACCCCUUCCUCGAGGCCGACUCGCUGCAGAGCCUUUUCCGGCGUCUGCACGCUCUCAAUCGUUGCGCCAAUAUGAAACUCGAUACUCAUCACACGCAUCACAGUACAAGCCACGGCAAAAGUAGUGGCGGUGGUGACGAGUCCGACGAAGACACGCAAUGCGCCUUGAGCGAAAAAUGGACUUUUGAGAAGAAGACGAGACGCUGGUCCCGCAUAGGCGACGUCACAGCGGCGAAUGUCGAGAGGCUGCAGGCGAUCGCCGGGCAGAACGCCGCUUCCGAGGACGACUCUCUCGAGGAUCGUCUCGAGGCCGAAGAAGCGGAGGACACCAUGUUGGAGAACCUGCGGUACGGCAGUCUGCCGCCGGGGACUCUUCCCGAUGAGAUCGGCCCGCGAUUUCGCAGGACCGGCUCGGAGAGACUGAGGGACGGCGCGAAAGCCUUCCUGAGGCGCGUAGAGUCCCUGAAGUCGCGGCGGCGAAAGCGCCAGAAUCGCGACGGGGUGGUGAUCAGCGGGCCUCAGGUGCUCGACGUGAUGUCCAUGCAGCAGAAGAUGAAGGAGCUGAACUGCGUCGACGUGUCGCCCACGGGGCCGGCGCCGGUGCCCUUCAACGAUCUCCUGUCGGCUUCACCUCUACAGAUCCCCGGCUCGCCGGUCACCCUGCCGGCCUCCCCUUAUCAUCUGCCGCCGUCGCCGCUGGCGAACGCGCCUAGCCCCUUCGGCGACGAUUCCUCCAGCUACUGUUCGGACGGUUCGCAAGGCGGCGGACCGACGCCAACGCCAACCCGCACGAAGAUGAAUCGCGCCCGUCGAUUUCUACAUCGCGGCAGGGAAGAUCAGGGCGCCCUGAGCGACUCUGAAUGCCAGCCGACCAACUGGCGACACCGAUACUUCCGUGAUGCUAACAGUAACCACGCGAAGGUGCUAGAAUUCGUCAACGUGCGAUCCCAAAGUUCCAAGGAAUCGCCGGCGAAGAGUGCGCCCAUUAACACCCGAGGCGGUAGCUUGAACCUGGGCAAGGAGUCGCAGAGGUAUCGGGAGAAGCUCGCCCAGAGCAAAGAGGACAAGCCAGCGUCUUCAAAACGGGAGGAUAAAAUGCGCAAAAGUUUUCGACACCGUGACGACUCACAUAGGGACAAGUCGCUGUCCAAGGAGGUGACAGUUUAUCGGGAAAAAUCCAGAUCUAGGAGCUCCGAAUUGGCGGGUAGUCAGGAAAGCGGCUCCACUGUGGCUAGUAGAGAUUCGGAACCAGAGGAGGAGUCACCAAGGCACAAGGGCACCGUUGUCAGGUGGCAUAGCUUCCAGAGAGGAUCACUCUAUCCCGAACCCUUGGACCCAUUGUGUCCCAGAGCAAUGGCUUCCAUGUCAUGCGGGCAACUUUUAGUCCUGAGAAAGCUAGCGUUGCUGAAACUUACAGCAUGCAUGGAACGGUACUGUCCGACUCAUCGUACUGGCUGGAACUGGGAACUUCCAAAAUUUAUCAGGAAAAUCAAGUCGCCUGAUUACAAAGACAAAACAGUUUUCGGAGUACCGCUCUUGUUGUCUCUACAGAGAACUGGUCAAGCUUUACCUAAGUGUAUCCAGAUUGCCCUGAGAUGGCUGAGAGCCAACGCUCUGGAUCAAGUGGGCAUCUUUAGAAAAAGUGGCGUCAAAUCGAGGAUACAAAAGCUGAAAGUCAUGACAGAGACCCAGGGAGACAAUAUCAAUUUCGACGGACAGCAAGCGUUUGACGUCGCCGAUCUUGUCAAACAAUAUUUUAGGGAACUGCCGGAAGCUCUGCUGACGAACAAACUUUCGGAGACGUUCAUUGCCAUCUUUCAACAUGUACCAGUGGAAUUGCGACCCGAUGCUGUGCAGUGCGUCUUAUUGCUGCUCCCGGACGAACAUCGCGAAGCGUUGGAGACUCUGCUCGACUUUCUCAAUCAUGUCGCCAGCAAUUCGCCCUACAAUCAAAUGACAGCCUCGAAUCUGGCUGUGUGUCUAGCUCCGAGUUUGUUCCAUUUCAAUCACAGCAACACGAACGUGACCAACAGGUCGAGCAGCGUGUCGCCACGUAGACGAAAGACGGUGGGCAUUCCCGAUCAGCGAGAACUUUCAGAAAACAAAGCUGCUCACGACUGUCUUUUGUAUCUGAUCAAGAUGCAUCGUGAAUUAUUCAUGGUCUCAUCGGACAUGCUGACGCAGUGUCACUUUAAUUACAUGGAAGAGAGCAUUCCGGUCGCAUUGGAGGAACUCGGCUCGGAACUGAAGCAGGAUUGGAGGGGUUACUUGUACGCCUGUACCACGGCGUUGUUGAAGGAAGCGCGAGAAAACAGAAGUCGCGGUUGGGUCACGAUAAACAAUCCUGCCGACAAUACUGUAGAAAUGGCAUACAAGAAAGUUGGUGAUGGACACCCGCUUCGUCUCUGGCGAGUGUCAACUGAAGUCGAAGCUCCGCCAAACGAACUGUUACAUCGUGUGCUAAGAGAAAGACACAUUUGGGAUCCACAACUAUUAAAAUAUAGACUGGUAACCAAAUUGGACACCAAUGUAGAGGUCUUCCAAUAUGCUACUGGAAACAUGAGUCCGCUGCCCGCUCGAGAUUAUUGUGUAUUGAGAUCUUGGAGAAACGAUCUUCCUAAAGGUGCUUGUGUCAUUGUCGAAACAUCGGUGGAACAUCCAGAUGCUCCUGUCAUGCUUGGUGGAACUCGUGGCAUUGUUUUGGCCUCUCGUUAUCUUAUCGAACCAUGUGGCAGCGGCAAAUCCCGCAUAAUGCAUUUAUCCAGAGUCGAUACGAAAGGUCGCACACCUGACUGGUACAACAAAAGCUACGGACACAUCGCUGCUCUUCAUCUAAGUAAAAUUCGCAAUUCUUUUAAGCAUACCACCGAUGGACCCGAAAGUAAAGUUUGAGAGCAGGAUACCGUGCAACAAUCGUUGCACGGUUCUUCUUUUUCUUCCUCUUCUUCAUCCUCUUCCACUCCUUCUUCCUCUUCUACUCUGCAAGUACCCGACGAGCAGCAAUAUGACCACAGGGUCCUAAAAGACCUACUACAAGUCCAGCCUACCAUCGACGAGGAAUAAUCUCGAUCGAUCGCGCGAUCAGUAGCCAAAACCCACCGAUGUCGUAGUUAGCUUCGUUCAGCAAUCGUUUUUGAGAUAAGCAACCUGUUUUGUCGUAUAGUAGUAGAAGAAUCCUCCGUAUGACGUUUACUAUCCAAAGAUCUUGCCGUCCGUUUAUCAUGAAAGUUGCAA